GUUAUCGGCGCGGUCACGCUGUUUUGCAGCUUUAAUUUUCGUUCGUUUUUGACGAGUACGGAAUCGGAAUCGAAAAGAAAAAACAUAAGCAGACAGGCAAAGCAGAGCAUAUUAUAAUGAAUUCCUAAGAAAGUUCGACGCGCGCCGAACAAGUCUGCGUAUGUAUUCGUGCGAGCAGACAAGCGGAUGCAUAUUUUUUUGGCGUUUGGCUGGCAAUAAAUGCGUUGUCUCACUGGCUGUGCCCGAAUCGUUAAAAGUGCGUGGAAAAGUGUACGAAACCAAUACACGGAAAGUGGGACAACGGCAACCGAGAGCGCUCGUUGCGCUUGUCAGUGUCUGUGUCUCUGUUGUGUGCGUAUGUUUGUGUUUGUGCGAGUGUGUUUGUCGGCUAAGAGUGUGUUUGUGCCUACAGUCUUCUCAGUCGCUCGAGUGCCUAAAAAAUGUGUUUAAUUUCUUGUUUAACGACAAACGCCUAAGACACAGUAGCACAUCGCACCAGUGCAGCGAAAUGCGCCUGGUCAGCGAGUAACGCUCCCUUGCCAGCGGCGAGAAAUGCAUGAUAUGGACUUGGACAUGGCCAACAUGGAGCAUGCCAGCGAAUAGCUCGAAUUGCGAAUUGUGCACGCAAAGAAGGCGCUCUUCUACUCCAUCUUCUUUUGUCUGACUCUGACCGACGACUUUGCCGCAUGGCUUCCAGGCGGACACUGGACAACUGGAUAUAGCAAUGAAUGAUUUACGUCAACAGCAGAUGGUAGCAGCGACAUCGUCAUCAGGAUCGGGAACGGGAACAAGAACGUCAACGUCAAUCAUAACCACAGCAGCAGCCGCAUCGUCCACAGCUGGACCAUCAGUCGGUCGCGCAAUCAACUCGAAUUCAGCGGCAUCAGCAAGCAGCAGCAACAGCAACAACACGAGUACGAGCGAGGAGGAGCAGCGGGUGAGCUCCACAUCGUCGCCAGCACAGCGGGAGCAGCAGCUGAAUGCGGAUCAGGAGCAGGAUAACGAACGGGAACGGGAGCAGGAGGAGCAACAUCAGCAGCGGAAGCAGCGUCACAAUCAGCCCGGGCAAAUAACCAGCACCACCGCGUCGCCUCCGCCGACGCAGCAGCAACAGGAACGGGAACAGGAGCAGGAGCCGCCACCGACGCCGUGCGACGAUGCCCCAGGCACAACUGGAGCAUCUGCAUCAGCAUCGGCAAGCUCAGCAUCCGGAGAAGGAGCAGCAUCAGCAGCAGAAGGAGCGAUGGCUGCCACGGCUCUCGACGUAAAGGGCGAGGAGCGAGGAGACGGACACAAGAUCAUCCUGAAGCUCUCCAAGCACGUCAAUCCGAACCCAAACUCAAACCUAAAUGAAUCUCAGCCGGCUGGCGAUGAGCGGCGCGUGGAACCCUUGCGCAUUCAGCUGCCUAGUGGCGGCACCGAGGGAAGCGUAAUGGCCAAGCCCCAAGACGCCUCCGACGCGGACGCUUCCUCCUGCUCCUCGUCGUGUGCCGAGGAUGAGGUGGCCAGCAGUCUCGGCCAGCAUCCACGUAGCACGCCGCACAUAGUGCCAAAGCUGACUAUACGCGCCGCCAACGAGGAGCGAGUGGGCAGCGUAGUGCCCAAGUUGACCAUCAAGUUGCCCGAGAACCCGGCUGGCUCCAGCUCCAACAGCAAGUCCAGUUCCGGCUCAGGGCCGGGGAGCGGCGCCCAAUCUGCGCUGCCGACAAAGAAUGAAGCCCACCUGUCCAGCCUGUCGCCCGCCUCCGCAUCUUCCUCGUCGGCCUCGUCCUCCUCUUCCUCAUCCUCAUCGUCCUCGCUGGCGGAGAUCCAGACGGUGCCCAAGCUGAUGAUCAAGACAACGCUGGCCGGCAGCAGUUGCAUAAGCAGCAGUGAGGAGCAUUCGCAACAGCAGCAGAUACCAAAGUUAACCAUCAAGACGGGUGGGGGCGGAAGCGGCCAGGAGCACAUGCACACCGUGAUCAUGACCCACGACCUGAGCAACGCCCAGAGCAUCCCAAAACUAACCAUCAAGACCAAGUCUAUUGAUCUGCUCGAGGACGACCCGGCGGCCAAGGAGCAGCUACAACCGCUGCCCAAGCUUACCAUUAAGAACCUGUGCUCGCCGAAGCACAAGGUGCGUGCAGUGCUAGAGGAGAAGGUACCCUCGGCUGCCUCCAAGUUGGCCACCACCUUGAAGCCCGCGCUCAAUCCAGCCCCCACACACAUGACGAAUGGCGGCGAGUCGAACAGCAGCAGCCAGGAGUUUUGCGGCUUCUCUGAUCCCGACGCCGAUCCGGCUGCCGGUGCAUCAGACGAGGGUCGACGGAACUCCGACGAUAUGGACAUCGACGAGUCGCUGUCGACGCAGCAUGACCCCAAGAUGUUUCACAAUCUACCGCCAUUGGUGGCCAGCAACGGCAUAGCAAGCGGAGCUAGCAAGGUCAACAAAGUAGGCAAGGCCAAUCCUGCACACCAGCAGCAGCAGCAGCUACAGCAACCGCAGCACAAUGUGGUGGACAUGGUGGACCUGACCUCGUCUCCGUCGCCUGGCUCUUCGCCAGCGCAUGCGCCCAACAGCUUUACUGGCCGCAUUUCUCCCGCCCAAUCGCACAAUCUGCUCCUCGAGUGCCUGCGAAUGCAAGCGGCGGCAGCGGCAGCGGCGGCGGAAUCCAGCGCUGGAGUCGGUGUCGGUGUUGAAGGUGCCGUUGGCGGGCCCGGCUCGCCAAACUCCAACAUCCUUCUCAGCCAGCUGACGGCGCCGGCCAAAGGUUUCACCACGGCCUCACCCAUAAGCAAUUCUAGCAAGUACCCGCAGCUAACGGAGCGCCUGAUGGCCAACGGAGGCGGCGGGAGCGGAGUGGGAGCAGUGGUAGCCCCUGCUGCUAUUGCAUCCGAGGGCGAAGUAGCCGUUGCUCCGUUACUGACCUCCUCGAACUCCGCCCAGCCCAUCAUCGACUCCAUCGAGAUACUGGACACACCCGAAGGCAGUCCGCACAUAACAUACAUGGACGAGGAGCAUCACGAGGUGCUCAAUAACCACCACCAGAGCAACCACAAGCACGCCCUGGCUUCUGGCGAUGACCAGCAUCCGGAGGACCAGCUGCAGGAGAUGGACAACAACAACGAGAAUCACUUGAAGCGCAACAGUAGUGAGGGCAACGAAUCUCCCAUCAGUGGCAUCCCUCCCAGCAAGCAGAGACGCCUGGACAACGACGAGAACGACCAGCAGACGCAAAACUGUCACGAUCUCGCCAACAAGUGCAACGACGCCCACGGCGAUUCGGUGCAGGUAGUGCCGCCGACGCAUCGCUCUCGCAAGCAGAAGCACGAGCGCAUCCUAAACACUGAUAUGGAGGAUGCCCUAUUUUCGCCCGUCCAGCAGCAGCAGCAGGUGUUGCUUACGUCGGAUCAGAACGGCACCCUGUUUGCGGAAGACGAGGCGGUCGAAUCCAAGGCUCAGGAUCCGUUGGAUCAUACGGUCGCACAGCCACAGCCUUCGCUGCCGUCAGCCACACCGGCCAGCACAGGAAAGCGACGAGGCAGGCCGAAAAGAAACCAGAAUCAGAGCAUUAACGAUCCCGCCCUUGUCUGUGCCACCCCCACGUCCACGCCCACGCCCGGUGCCCCGCCAGAGGAGGCUACUAGCGCUGUUAAAUCGCGGCGCGUGCAGCUUUUGCGCAAGCGACUGGCCAUCGACAUGGUCAGCGUGGGCCCAGAGCAGGCGGAUGCAACGCCAGGAAGCACGGUGCUCGGCGAGCCAGAUGCUCGAGUAGAGGACGAGCUGGCCGGUGCUGCGGAGACACCCCCGCGUCGCGAGCACCGACCGCUGCGUGCCACGCGGCGUUCGAUGGCGCCUAACACUAAUGCAAAUACGAAUCAACAGCCCACCCCCAAGUCAACCAGAAAGCGGCAGAGCAAGGCCAGCGCUCAGCACAGCCAGCUCCCGCCGCCGCCGCCGCCCACGCUGGUACAGUUCGGUGGUCCUGAGUCGGAGUCCAAUAAUAAUAACAACAGCAGUAAUAUGGCCUUCGCCCUAGCCGCGCAAAUCGACUUGACCAUGUGCUCGUCCAGCUCGUCGACCUCUUCCGGCACUGCCGCUAACCAGCAAAUGAUCAGCGGGAGCGGGAGUAGCUCUAUGCUGCCGCCCACGACGAUUCUCUCCUCCUCAGACCCCCUGCCGGAUGUCAUCUUUCAGCCGAACGACUUCUCCUCGAUCAUGGCCACGCAGCAGCUGCGCUCGCCGCGGCCCUCCAGCAUCAGCGGCGGGAGUGCCGGCGGCAGCCAGCCGGACUCGCACGACGAGGACAACUAUAACAGUGCGCUGGAUAAUUCUGGAGAUGAAUCUGCCUCGACGACGACCAUGCUCUCGAUGACAACACCACCCACGCGGGGACGCGGACGUGGCCGUGGCAGGGGCGGCAGUAGGGGCAACAGAGGCUCUUCGUCGGCGGAUCGGUCGGCCAGCAGUGGUGGUGUCGCCUCGGCGACAACGCAACCACGGGCGCCACGGAUGAGCCGUGGGGCCAGUGCCGUGGCCAAAGCCAUAGCCAUGAGUCGGCCACGCUGUGUGGGCGGCCUGAAGCACACGCCCGAUCCCGAGAGGCUCAAGGGUCUGUUUAGUCCGUCGCCGCAAGUCUUCGAGGAGGAUACGCGCAUGAGCGCGGACCUUAGCAACAGCAGCCAGUCAAUGUCAAUGGCUAGCCUGAUGGAGCCGCCACUAACGCCACAAAAGCAACCCGAUUUCCUCAAUAAUGAGGAGUCACAGUCGUCCAUGGUGAGCAAUGUGAGCUUGCUAGACUCGAACCAGGGCCAGUCCGUCGACACCAUACUGGGCUCUUCGCUGAAACGUCCAAAGAAAAAGAAGAUGGAGAUUUGCGUGGCCGAAGACACGGAUUACAGCGCCUCCAGCAUUGCGGAGUACGAUUGGCCGCCGCCCAAGGGCUGCUGCCCGUCGAAGAAUCGCGACACCUUCAUGAUUCAGGAGCAGGUGGCCCUCUAUUUGGGUAUUACUAGCUUCAAGCGCAAAUAUCCGGACCUGCCGCGCCGCGCCGUCGACAUGGAGGAGCGCAACUGGCUGCAGGAGAAGGGUCUGGUCAGCGAGAGGAUGUGCGAUCUGGGCAUCACCGCAGUGUGGGCCUCCGACAUUCUGGACAUUAUGUACACGGACUUCUACGAUAAGUACGAGGACUACAAGGAGUACAUCCGCCAGAAGCAUCUGCGCGAGAUUGAGGCCAAGCAGAAGGCUUUAGGUCUGACCGUCGGUGCCGGACGUGGCCUGCAGGCGCGCGACCGAGCUAUGCUCUCGGCCAGCAAGUGGAAUGUCUACUUCAACAAGACCCGCAAGGACGAGCGCUUGGCCUGCCUUGACCUGCAAACGUUCACAAUGAACCAGCCGCUGCAGUGGACGGCGCCCACGUCCACCCGCCUGCAUCGCUCCAUCGCGAAUGUGGUGUUGGCGGCGGCGGAGGCGGAGAACAUGCCGGCGCCACCCACUCUCCUGCCGCCCCGCGUCUACGACGAGGCCUUCCGGGUCUCGGAUUAUGCCUAUCCACUGACCGUGGUGCCGGACCAGUUCUCAUUUGCCUUCCGUCAGUUUGAACCCACAGAGCUUAGAGCCUAUCCCCUAGACACUGCGCUGGAGAAGCCCUCGACCGAGCUAGAGAUGGCGUUGGUGCCGCCCGUCAACGAUGCGGAAGCCGCUGAAUCCGUCACCAAGGAUCAGGAACCUGAACCGCUAGCGACCAAGCCUCAAACGGUGGCACCCGUCCGUCGCAGCAGGAGAUCGGCGCGACAGCUGCCGGACAAGGCGCGCACGGCCAGCAAUUCCAGCACUUCUUCCGCCGGGACGCUCUCAUCCGCGUCCAGUGGCAACGAAAGCAGCAGUGAUACGGACAGCGGAGACGACAGCGACUGCAGCAGCAGCAGCUCGAGCAGUUGCAGCUCGGCGGCGGCCGCCUCGAGUGGAGCUGGCAGCGAGGACGAGGAUGGGCACGCCCAGUCGUCGUCCAGACUGUCCAACUGCGGCGUCUGCCUGCGCAGCCAGCACCGCAAUGCUAGGGAUAUGCCAGAGGCCUUUAUCCGAUGCUACAGCUGCCGACGACGCGUCCAUCCCAGCUGCAUCGACAUGCCGCAGCGCAUGGUGGGCCGCGUACGGAACUAUAAUUGGCAGUGCGCCGGCUGCAAGUGCUGUAUCAAGUGCCGGAGCAGUCAGCGACCGGGAAAAAUGCUCUACUGCGAGCAGUGCGACCGAGGCUACCACAUUUACUGCCUGGGCUUGAAGGCAGUGCCAGAUGGGCGCUGGAGCUGCGAACGCUGCUGUGUGUGCAUGCGAUGCGGCGCCACUCGGCCCGAAGGACUGCCCCAGGUAGCUGCCUUAGCGAUGGCAGCGUCGCCAAAUGGCGAGCGCUCCAAGUUGCCGCGCGGUAAACGACUGAAAUGGGUGCACGAGUACCGCAUCGACCAUGUAACUAAGCUGCGAGAGCACGCCGCCAUGUUCUGCGUGCCCUGUGCGCGGACGAAACCUGCCAAGCGUCAGCCAGCGGCUUCCAUCUCCUCCGUUUCGGUGUCGCUGCCCACCAGUGCGACUGCUAGCCCGUUGCAGAGUCCGACGACUAAUGGCGUUCAGGCUGUUGUAUCUGCGGCACUGAGUCCACAGACGGCUACGUCGACGAUGCCACCCAGCCUGGAGGCAACGCCGAUCUCGGCGGCGGCAACCACAACAACCGGCUCAGUGUCGUCCGCCAUGAGCAGGCGUCAGCAGGUGACGUCGGCCAGCAUUACAACAAUGCAGUGCAGCUUCAGCCGGAACAGUGUAUCCGACGAACCAGGGACUGCCACGGCGACGGCAACGGCCACCAUUACGGCAACGGCAGCGGCGACCGCAGGGACAACUGCAGCUGAGGCAGCGACUGCCACGCCUAUAGGAAUAGCGCCGCCGCCGGUUGUUGCCUGAGUGGGGGUCAUACGUUAUUGUGCCAAGCGCACUCUAACGGACUUAUAGUAAGCGCCGGACGCGGCUCCCACCCCCCACCCCUACUGGUGCCCACCCAAACCUACACAUGGAGAUGCAUAGUAUUACUGAAUGCGACAAAGGAGGAGGAUGAAACGGAAGGAACUUUUUUUUUUUGAACCAUCAUUAAUCUUUAUUGUCAGUACAACGUAUUGCAAUUGUUUUUUUAUAUAUAUAUUUUAUCAACUAAAUAGUUGUGUUACUUAACUUAACUUACAUGACAAGCACCCACAGCACACCGACACAGAGCCCGACAAGUAGCAAAAAGAGCAGCUUAAGUUAAACGCUUUGCCUACUCCUAAGUUGAAACAUAGCCUAGUAGUUAAGUCACCACACAAAUCAUUAUGUUUCUAGAGAAUAUUCAUCGGACGCAUUUUAGUCUUUUGUACAUGUCCCUGUCCCUACACACGCACACACCACACACCACACCUUAAGGCCUAAAUGUUCCGUGUUACUGUUUACUUUUUGUAUCGAAUUAGUAUGUUAUUGACUACGCCUGUCGCCUAUGUCUGUCACUGUACUAUAUAUUAUCUAUAUAUACGCAAAGAGCGAACGAACGAAGAUUAUGAUAAUUUGUGCUCCGAAUUUUUUGUCACGGUAUAUGUAUGUAUUUAUAAGCCCAACACAACCCCUAGUUAAGUAAGUAGUUAAGCCACAGCAUAUUCUGUACGUAGGUAGUGUCAUCAGCAGCCUGGUUUUCCCUCGAUUUUGUACCGUCGAUUCCCCCGUUCUGCUUCGAUGGGAUGGGGGUCCUGUAAUUGUACGGCUAAGAAUGUAUUAUACAUGUAAUUUAUGCUUACACAUAAACGAAACCACAAAAACAAACAUAAUAUUUACUACCUUUAGCUUUAAGACAGCACAAGAACAGAGAGCGGAGAGCAGGAAAGGAUUACGGAGAUGCUGAGGAGAAGGCAAACAUUGACGAGGAAAACCAUGUGUGAAAUAGAAUUAGGUUCUGAUGCAGCAGCAGCAGCCGCCGCAGUUAGAGAUCAAUAAGUAAAUAGUUAGCAUUAAGUUGUUCGUUUCGACACAAAGUGGAGGCAACCACACAGGCGCAGCAGCUGGAGACUCUGGCGAGCCGCCGGUAAUCUACUUUUCCAUUGAGUUAAACGCUCAGUCCCUAAGCCCCUAAGUAACCUAUAUUGUAAUGUACACACAAACACACAUACACAUACGAGAAGAUUUAUUUUUAAGUCGAAUAAAACUGCAGCAUUAAUA